AUGCCUGCCCCAGGCCAACAACACACCAUAAUCGCCAACCCUUUCGAGGAUGUAAAGCCCCAUAUCUCAGAGUACACGGCGCAGGAGAUCGCCACCCUCCAAUCCCGCCUCGAGAAACAACUCGGGCCAGAGUACCUGUCUGCACGUUCGGGGCCUUCGGGACAGAAGGUCCACUACAUCGCUGCGGAGAAAUGCAUCGCCCUCGCCAACGAGGUCUUUGGCUUUAAUGGCUGGUCAUCCGCGAUCAGAAAUAUAGUGACAGACUUUGUCGACGAAGACCCACAGACUCGAAAGGUCUCGCUUGGGCUGUCCGUGAUCGUCCGCGUGACACUGCGCGACGGAACUUUCCAUGAAGAUAUCGGCUAUGGCCACAUCGAGAACUGCAAAGGCAAGGCGGCAGCUUAUGAAAAGGCCAAGAAGGAAGGGACCACCGAUGCACUGAAGAGGGCACUGAGGAACUUUGGAAACGUGUUGGGCAACUGCAUAUACGACAAAGACUAUCUCAAGAAGGUCACAAAGAUGAAGCUCGAGCCCAACAAGGCUUGGGAUGAGAGCGGGCUGCAUCGACAUGCGGAUUUUGCCAAAAAGCUUGAGGUCAAGCAAGAGCCCCCAGCCCAAGAUAUUGGCAGCGCAGCGCAGUCCGCUAUGGAGUCUUUCGAAGACCUCCUCGGGGAAUUUGAUGAAGUGGAUUUCAACAUGGUGGAUGAUGAUAACCCCGACGAAGUAUCUUUGCCCGAAAGCGCGAGGCCCACUCCUCAGCUGAACAACAAACCCAACCCACAAGCAAUGCAGCCACCUUCGAGGCCUCUAGCGAGAUCACACUCAGCAGGAAAUCCACCUCGACCACCGCAACCUCCCGCGCAAGCGCAGCACAACGCGCGACCUGGAGGUCCGAAUCAGCCUGCUCAGUACGCUCCACGACCCCAACAACAAAACCAGAACCGGCCUCAGACCAUCGGUUCAAUACAGAACAGUAAGUCAAGCAACAGUGGCCCCCUUCCUGCCCCGGCACAGGCGACGGGUGACACGGGGGCCGUGGGGUUCUUUUCCGCCCGCGCUGUAAAACAGCUUGCUGGUCAGAAAGACGACGAAGUCAAGCUUCCUAGCACGCCCUCAGCCGGCCACGCCUUCAACCCUCAUGCAGAAACCCCCUCGGUCUUCAAGACACCCGGAAUUGAUUACACCAAGUCACGGCCGGUCACAAGAGACAUUUUCAUGCACUGCGCACCGGCUGAGCCAAAACAAGGUGAAGACAGCGGCAUUGGAGACAUAGACCUUGGCCUGAUGCCAUCCACCCCUUCCUCGAACAACGGCUUCAGCCGGUCCGGGGCUGCUCAACAGCCGGGCCAGAGGGGCAAUGUCGUCAACCCACAGCUGAACCAGACGAGACGUAUCGGGGCGCCGAUGGGCCCGGGUAGCCCCUUGGGCAACAGGGGCCAGUACCGCCCGCCGACUUUCAAGAGGCCCCCGCCCGGUGAGGGGAACCACGGAAUUGCGGCUGGAGGUGGUGGAAGGCCGGCGCUGACCGAGGUCUCGACGAAUGGCACGGUUGCGGCGGCUGGUGCGGGGCCUGGAGGUGGCGUUGGUGGUGAUCCGAAGAGGCAGAAGAUUGUUUGA